AACAUUCAUUUCGUCACCUUUCAUUUCUAAAACUCGCUUGAGGGUGGACAAACUAUAGGUUGUUGUUAUAAUCAUCGGUUUAGUUGAUGCGGUAGAUAAUUCAUCGCUGCCAAACUAGUGUUGUUUAAAUCGUCGAUAAUAUCUGUUGAUAUCACAAGUUAUCAAUCAAGGAUUCUCAAGUGCCAAACAAGAUGGAGGAGGUCAUCGAAACGAUUGUUACCGAGAGUAUUGAAGUCGAGGAGAGCACGACCACGCUUCCCACUUUGGAGCCCGAAAAAGCGAAAGGAGAGUUUGUUUGGACUCUACAAGCUACAUGGCAGCUUGUGAACACUCGCUUGGAAAUGGAUCAGGAAUUUGACCAGCCUGUGUGCAAAAAGAAGAAGCUUUGGGAGACAGUUGCUGAGAGGGUAACUGCAAAGCUUCAGGCUGCUGGGAACCUGGAUGUGGCCGUGAAGGCCUAUGAGUGUGAUCUGAAGUGGAGGAACAUGCUGGCCACGUACCGCAAAAACACAGAACGUGCCAAGCGUCUUGGGGCGCAGAGCGUCCACUGGGAGUUCUUCAAGGCCAUGCACAAUGUGCUGGGCAAGAGUCGGGAGGAGAUUGAGGCCCAGCGCAAGGCAAAGCUGAAUGGCACCAAGCUGGGCAAGGCUAUUGCCAGCAAACGGUUCACCCCCAUUCUGCCCAUCCCUUCAAUAACAGCGGCCCCGACAAUAACAGCUGCCACAUCCAUAACAGCCACCCCCAUGCACCCAAAGCCCCCUCAGCAAACUCAGGAUGUGCUGCAUCUAUACCUGGAGCUACAGGAGAGGAAGAUGAACAUGUGGGCUCAGCAAAAGGCGCUGGAGGAGAGGAAGAUUGAAGCCAUUAACAACCUGGCACGCGCCAUCUCCAGCUUGGCACAGGACAAUAGUGUCCAGCUGCCAAAAGAGUAAUAAAGGUGAACCAGGCAAGGACCCAGUGCAUCAACCUUUCAUUAAUGGAACUCAACUGUUUGGGAUAUUAGGUUAUUUGCCUUUAACCUCUGUGUUAGACAGGAGGUUCCUUUAACUGGUAUAUUUAAGUUCUUGGUUCUAUUUUUAUCAUAAUCUGAAAUGAAUAUGUGUGGGCCAGCAUUUUCAUGAUAAGGACUGAAACUGUGAAUCAAGAAUAUGUGGUGUACUGUAUUUUCCAGGGACAGGAAGGGCGUCAGGAAUGACUCUCUUGAAACCAAGAUUGGUCCUUUUUAACGAUGACAAUGUCCUCCGUUAACUAUAACAAAAAAAACAAAAAAAACUCCAAGCCUCUGACAAUAUUGAAAUGUAAUGAAAAAGGGAGUGACCUUUGUGUGUGUGUGUGUGUGUGUGUGUGUGUGUGUGUGUGUGUGUUUGAGGUGGAGUUAAGAUACAAGGCAUUGUGUUCGGAUGAAGUGGAAAUAGAUAACACCCUAACAAGCUUUUUUCCAGGUUAUGCAAGUUAAUGACUUCAUAAUAAUGUAGUUGUACAAAAAACAGUCUUAUCUGAUACUAGAAACAGAUUAGUAAUGAUAUCCCACAAUUCCAUUCUGACAGAUGUUCAACUUAAUCUAUUGUUGGUGUAUUUUUUUGUGGGUCACAAACCUGUAAAUAUGGUGUGCAUAUUUAUCAGUGACCUUGUUUAGUAAAACAUAUAUUUGUUAAUAAGAAGUCUGUAUAUUAUACUUUUAAUAAAAAAAAACAGGAUAAGUGUUUAUUGAUUAUUUCACUGGGAGUAAAGAUCAGAUAUACAGUAAUUCACUGAAUACUGCAAGUGCAUGAUUUAGUGGCUGAAGUGGGGGAAUAAAGUGCCAGUACCCGACACCAACUGGUAUAUGUAAAUCAUUAUCACAUUUGACAUUUCUACUGUGAAAAACAAUG